GCCGGGACCGCAGAGGCGUCAGGCGCUCGGAGGUCACGCGCCCAGGGCGGCGCGCGCGCCCGCCUGUCCCGUCGCGGCGGCGCGCACGUUCGGCCGCCGCGGGGUCGGGAGCCACGGGGAUCCCAGGGAGCCGUGCAUGGCGCGCGCGGGGCGACGCGGAGCGGGCUGGUGCUGGGCGCUGGCGCUGCUCGGGCUGGCGGCGGCUCUGCGCGCGUCCCCGACGUCGGGGCGCCGCUGGCCGGUGCCCUACAAACGCUUCUCUUUCCGUCCGAAGCCAGACCCCUACUGUCAGGCUAAGUAUACCUUCUGUCCUACUGGCUCACCCAUCCCAGUUAUGAAGGACAAUGACAUCAUCGAAGUCUUAAGACUACAAGCCCCUGUUUGGGAAUUUAAAUAUGGAGACCUCCUGGGACACUUUAAAAUUAUGCAUGAUGCUAUCGGCUUCAGGAGUACGCUGACUGGCAAGAACUACACAAUGGAAUGGUAUGAGCUUUUUCAGCUUGGCAACUGUACUUUUCCUCACCUUCGACCCGAAAUGGAUGCUCCAUUCUGGUGUAACCAAGGAGCAGCCUGCUUUUUUGAAGGAAUUGAUGAUCAACACUGGAAGGAAAAUGGGACAUUAGCUCUAGUCGCGACCAUGACCGGAAACACAUUUAACAAAAUGGCAGAGUGGGUGAAGCAGGACAAUGAAACAGGGAUUUAUUAUGAGACAUGGACGGUCCAGGCCAGCCCAGGGAAAGGGGCCGAGACAUGGUUUGAAUCCUUCGACUGUUCGAAAUUUGUGUUAAGGACGUAUGAGAAAUUGGCAGAAUUUGGAGCAGAAUUCAAGAAGAUAGAAACAAACUAUACAAGAGUAUUUCUUUACAGUGGAGAACCUGCUUACUUGGGAAAUGAAACAUCUAUUUUUGGGCCAAAAGGAAACAAGACUCUUGCUUCAGUCAUAAAAAAAUUUUAUGACCCCUUCAAACCACGCUUGUCAACCAAAGAAUUUCUGUUGAGUCUCUUGAAAGUUUUUGAUUCAGUGAUUAUGCGCAGAGAGUUCUACCUGUUUUAUAACUUUGAAUAUUGGUUCCUACCUAUGAAAUUCCCCUUUGUCAAAAUAACCUAUGAGGAAAUCCCUUUACCUACCAGACGUAACCUCCCUGACUUGUGACGUGUUCACCCCACUGCUCUCUCCAGCCACCCGCACCCAUUUUCUCCCAGAGCUGUUUUCACGCUUGUGUCUUUUUCCGCUUUUCCUCCCUGGGGCAGGAAGGUGAAGUGCUCCUUGCUGGAAGUACAGUACACUGACAUUUCAAGACUCUUGGAAAGAAGCAGAAACCAUCACUGUAGUGGCCAAAGUGAAUGCAUUGAGAUCUCGAUCUUAUGGAGAAUUGGUUGAUCUCAGCUAUGGAGGUCUGUGAUCCCAAUGCUGACAUUUUUCUGGGGCUACCUUUUCUGGUACAGUAGUGCUGUUUUUUAGUUGAAGGGCUUUUUGGUUAUCUAAAGAAAAAGGCACAAAGCUACACAGAGAAACCCUGUCUUGGGAAAAAAAAAAAAAACAACCCCAAACAAACAACAAAAAAAGAAUAGUUAUUUUUAUAGUUAUUACAACUUUGGGGUCCAGGUCUAGUCGACUACUUUCUAUUCACAUAACCUUAAAGACUUGUUUGACCUCCAUUGCUGGAGCAGUGCCUCUGGACAUGGUAAAUACAGUAUUAAAGAGCAGAUUUUCUGGCCAGCAAUUUAGAAUUGGCUAACAACUAGCUAGCCACUGGCCAUUGUGAUAUAAGCAACAUAAAACCUGUAGACUUGUGUAUUUGCCUCUAAAAUGAUUCAUCUUCCAGGAAUGUGGAGAUUGAGGGUACCUAUGUUGGCACAGGAAGGGCACACUGAAUGUAUCUAAGGUCUCAGAAGGACUGUUGGGAGUAAAAAAGCACAAGCUGUCAUCAUUGAUCUUGUCUACUGCAGAUUACAGACUAUCAGUUCCUGUGUCUUGGAAUCACUGAGACUUUGAGCUGACAGUACAUAGUGCUUCAGCAGUUUUUCAGUACAGGUCAUUGGAGUAUCUGGCUGCAACCAUGGCUGGGUGAAAUGUACUUCUGACUUCCUGUGUGUGCCCUCUGGUUCUUCCCCCACUAACAAGGGUAGCACAGUAGAAGAGGGUACACUUUCCUGGAAAGGAUAGGGUUUUGUCAAGGACCUUCAAUUCACUAUGCUUGUAUUAGGGGCACUAGACAAGCUCUUAAGGUCCUGUAUUUAUCAGCUGAAUCCAUUUUCUUCUUUUGUUCUUUUCCCCAUUCAUAAAAUCACACUAGCACAAUAAUGGAAAAAAGUGUUUAAUAUGCAAAUGUUUUUCAAUUUCACCUUAUAUUUAGUGCUUCUUGAGAGGUUAGUACACUACUGUUGAGCUGUCAUAAAAAGCCUCAUCAUACAUGUCUGCUGGCCCAGAUGUGUUAAGUCAGGGCUUAGCAAGGUUAAGUGACCUGGAAUUGUGUUUUCACUCAGGUUAUGCAAAAUGAUGAUUCACUGGCUGCUUUUCAGCAGUAUUCAGAUUGUGGCCUUCAGACCAGUAUCUGUGCACCAAAUGUUACCACUCUGUUGUUUCUGUUCAGUAUAAUAAUAAUAAAAAAAGACAAAAACCAGGGAUUGAA